CCCCACCUCCACCGCAGCAGAAAGUGCUUGAAGUUCAGUUCGCAACUGAAUGUGUUGAGCUACCCUAUUUGACCCCAAAUAUUGAUUUCGGAUCUAAUCCGGCUGAAGCAAGGGUUCCUGCAUGUCAAUAAUGCCAACUACAUUUGAGUCUGAGAUAGCUGCGGAAGAUGAUGUUCAAAUAACUGUUCGCAACUUCAUUGAUGUGCCUCCUGAGCCCUGUGACAAAGAAAUGGCAAAUGGUUUAGAUGAAGGUUGUGAGCUACAGCAGCUAGUUGGUGAUGAUGAUGAAGUUCGGAGUGGAGCCACACCACCAGUCAGUCCUUCUUUGUGUAAAGCGGCUCAAGCUGCCCCGUCAACACCAAACAGCACAAAGCAAGUAGUGAAGCGGCAAGAAUAUGAGCGCAUUCCUACUUGUGAUGAUGAUGCCAUGCAGGUGUCAACCCCAGCUGGCCACGAGACUGCAAAAAAUUGUACAGUCAUUGGACCCAACUUAAGUCAGGGUACAAGUCAAGGCUCUGUAACAUCACGAUCUCUGAGUCGAACAGCAACUGCUCCAACAAUAGCUAAUGCAGGACAAAACACACGGCUGCUGUAUGUUAAUGAAAAACUAUCCAGGGGUCCUUCUCUGAUGUCUGACCAUGGAGGUCCAAGAUUGACUAGAGAGAGAACGCCUAAGGUUGGCCAAAGUGCUCCACGUGCGGAGAUCAAAAGAGGAGCCACAAGUAUAGGCCUGACCAGUACGGGGUCUCACAGUCAGCUGAGCCAUCUACUUCAUUCACGAUCAAGAUUGGCUCCCCAAGAUACCCGAUCGGCUCUGCGCAACAGAUUGCGAGAUCCUGAUCGGUCAUGUCAACAUCACUGUUUUCUAACAGAUGUAACAGACGUGCAUCGAAUGGAAGAAGCUCUACUGCAUCUGCUCGAGGAUUUCCACUCAGGCAAACUACGUGCUUUUGGCAAAGACUGCAGCAUGGAGCAAAUGACGGGCAUUCGAGAGCAACAGGAACGUCUGGCCCGCCUCCAUUUUGAUUUAGGUGCUCAAGGAGAGCUGUUCUCACCAUUGAGUGAUGAGGGUCUCCGAGCCGGUCAAGAACACAUGCAGAGCUUAAUGGGAAGUUUAGAGCAGUUGAGUGUGUCUAUUGAGCGUCUUCAUUCCUUUAGUGAAAGUAGAGAAAGCACUCAGAAACCUGAAUAGAACAGAAAAUUAUAAUUGAAUUCUUUGCUGCCUGAACAAGCUUUGCAGGACUGAUGAAAGUAGUAUCUUGUAAUUUGUACUUUUUUACUUUCUUUAUCAGACUUUAUUUACAAAUUUACAUUGUAAGGUUUUCUUUUACUUUUUUUGUUCACAACCAUUGAUGACAUUGAUUUUCUAUAUGUUUACAAAUGAAUUAUAUAUUUUGAUCAUUUGGAAGGUCUAAUGAGUGAUGUAUUUGUUCGUACUCUGUGGCCGUGGCCUUGUGCACCUGCAGAGGUAUGUGAGUUGAGGUAGUUAGUUUCUAUUUCCUCUGAUAGCUCAUGAUUGUUUUGAUUUAAUAUUUAUGUUGUAUUAGCACUUUUACUGUAUAUUCAAAUCUGUGAUGAUUCUUAUAUUAAGUAUUCAUGGUGUUAAGUUGGGGUUCUUGAAUUUCUUUUUAAGAAAAUUUUUCAAUGCAUAUUUUUUCAUAAAUCUUAAUUAACCAAGGUAACUUCAAGGGUAUCAUAUUGUACUGUAAUGUGUUUAUUUUGUAUCACUGCCAAGCAAGAUGCAACUGUGAUGAGAGGUAGAAUAUACUUUUGUUAUCAUUGAAACAUUUGAA